ACCCCCUGCUGCUGGCCGAGUUUCUCUGUCCCUUGGCAAUAAGACAGACUCUUGUUUUCACAGCCAGCCGAUCGCCCCGUGCCAUCACCCUGCCUGCUUCCUGGGCAGGGUAACUCCUCAGCUCACCACCACCCUCUCCAGCCUGCCUUGGGCUUGGAGAGUGAGGAGAAGGGCGAGGGACGACCCUGAACAUCCUCCAUCCAUCUCUCCGUCACCAGAGCAAGAUGGCCAGGCUCCUGAGGAUGUUCAGGAAGAAGGCUCUGCAGGUGGCCCCAGAGCCUGAGGGAAGCAGCCACCAUCUUCCCCAGGAGCGAAGCGGCCCCUCCGUCCCCGCUGGAGGGGAAGAAGCUCCCGGCCGCGCCAGGAGGUGGAAGUGCCCAGCCUUCUGGCGGAGGAAACCCACUCCCGGCACAGGCGCCGAGGUGGGAGCAUCACCUCCCAGGCCAAAAUGGAGCUGGGCCAGGCUGCGGCUGGGAAGGCAGGACCCAGCCCAGGGGCGGAACCGGGCAGGGUGGCUCUGGGGCUUGUUGUUGUGUGGGCAGCAGCGGCCCCAGGCGCCCAGCCCCAACUUCCAACAGGGGGCAUCGCCCUGCUCGGUCAGUGAGGACCUUCCAGCCUCCCCAGGGCAGGAGGUGGAGGAUCCCUCUGCCAGCCCCAGCAGCUCGGGCCGCUCCCCAUCCGACAGCAGCAGCGCCUGCGACUCGGACAGCAGCCUGGCCGACGGACGCUUCUGCUUUGUUCUAGCGUCCGCCAGGGACUCCGAGGACGACGAGGAGAAAGAAGAACGGGUAGACUUGGUAACAGAGGAGGCUGCUCUCAUGAACAUCCGAGAGCAGCUCCAUGCCCGAGAAAAGGUACAAACGUUCCCCAGCUGUGCUGGAACUGAGAUUGUCCUGCUCCUUCCCAGCAUCCCGACCCCCUGCAGAAGCCGGGGUAUCCUUCCCCCACAGGCACUGUCCCAGUUCCUGACCCUGAUUGUGGAGGAGUCGUGGGACGAGGGGCAGCAGCUCGUGUUCCUGCACGCCAUCUACCCCGCGUGCUUCGCUGCCCAGCAGAGAGGGAACUACACAUUGGAGCCACACUGCUCAAAGGCGGCUGUGGCGGAGAGGAUUGUGGAGCUCAUUGAGGACCUUCCUCGUAACUCUCCACCCGGCGCCGUCCUGGCCAACUCUCUCAUUGCUGUGACCAACCUCAGCACCAUGACACCUGCCCUGGAGCCGGAGCUGGAGACCCACCUCCUCCGAGCCACCCUGCAUGCAGUCUUCACCCUGGGCACGCAGACGGACGCCAACCAAGUCCAGGAUCUGCAUAGGGUCAUACCAGACCUUCUGGACGCCAUGCUGGGGAACCUGCUGGCAAAGACCCCAGACACGGACAAGCUCCACUACAUCUUGGAGCACAUUAACUACUGGACCGUGUCCAGGGUGCCACGAGAGAGAGCCAGGGCCAUCAGGAGCAGCGCGGCCCUGCUCACGUCCGUCAUCACCCUCCCUGACUUUGACAACUCAGCCGAAUUCCCCAGGAUGGGCCACCACGUGGCACAGCUGGCUCUGUUCGUCGGUGACCCAGACGAGGACAUCAGCCGGCAGGCCAGGGAGGGGGUUUACCGGCUCUACCAGCUCCUGCUGCCCCAGAGGGGUAAGGAACCCGGCUAG